UUUGUUGUGUAAUGUGCUGUUCCAGGUUGUGUAACGGGAUAAAUCUGUGGCUCACAGUACCGGUUCAUGAGUAACAGAGAGCUUCAUCGGACAUACUGUUUUGAAAUUAACGCUACAUAGGCGCCGGUGUUUAUAGAGGAGCUAACCUAACCCUACUCUACGGUUAAGCUUAACUCCCGGCUUCAGCGCUUUCUGCCCGGGGCCGAAUCGCGAUGGCUACCGUGGCCGAACGUGCGAUUGGGGCGAUCGUGGGAGCCGCUGUGGCCGAUGCUGCAGCCCAGCCUCUUCACUGGAUCUACAACCUACCGAAACUGGAUUCCAUCAUAGCUGAGGAAGAGUCACCAGAGUUCCGCCAGCCCUCGGCUAACCCGUACUACAGGAUAGAGACAGGACGGAACAGCUGUUAUGGGGACCAGGCUUACGUCAUGCUGGAGUCACUGGCAGAGUGUCAGGGCCUUGACAUUGCUGACCUGAAGCAGAGAACAUACCGGAUGUUUGGACCGGGAACAGACUACGACAACACUCGGAAUUCUGAGUACAGACCCCAUGGAGGUGUGAAGAAAUCCUACCCCAUCCAUGGUUCAUGGAGACAUUUCAGCAUCAAAGACUUCCUGAAAAACACAGAGGUAGGGAAGGAUGAUACAGGGUCUAAGGAAGAUGACCAGGUUGAUGGUGCAACCAAGGUUGCCCCGUUGGUUGCCUUGUAUGCGGGACAGCCCUGUAUGUUGGAGAAGGUUGAAGAUGCUCUCAGGGUAACCCAGAACUCAGACACUGCUGUGGUGGCAGGGCUCACAAUUGCCAGAAUACUGGAACAGUUCAUCCUCCAUGGGAAGAACGACAGAGUGAUAGAGACAGUGAUGGAGGACCUGAGAAAACCGGACAGGAAGAGUCCAACCGACCUGGACCAGGCAAUGGUCAGCUUCCUGAAGAAAGUACUGGACAACAGGGCCGGUCAGCACAGGAAAGUUGUCACCAAGGUCUUCUCCAACAACUGACAUUUGCCUAAGUCCCUCCAGUCCGCUGUCCAUGGUGUAGUGACUGGUGGUGACUAUGUGUCAGCUAUCCGCACCACCAUCAGGGCAGGAGGGUGUAACGCCAGCAGGUCCUCUAUCAUUGGGGCAUGCUUUGGUGCACAGGUGGGUGUUGAAGGCAUCCCUGCUGACUGGAAGGCUAAAACGUUCCGUUAUCAACGAGUGUUGGAGCUAGCCAGCCAGGUUGUCAGCUGCAGAUCUUCUCUAUUGUAACAAGGGGACAGGCGGAAAGCAGGGUGUAUGUCCAUCUUGUGGACUACUGUAUGUGCAGAAUGAUAGUUUCUGGCUGAAAUCACUGUGACUGUGAAGGCCAGAAACUGGAGAAAAGUCAGACAGUAGUCCUCCAUGGUGGCAAACACUCUCUUUCAACCAUGUCAGACCACUCCUAGCUUGGUUCAAACAUCUCAUCAAAAACAAGCAAUUUUGGCAAAUUAAUUGAUCACAGAAAUUAAUGAAAUAGUCGAAGAUACUCAAUUUUAUGUCACUGAUAAAUGGAAAGUUUUCUCAGGGGAUGUAAAGAAGAACUAUCUUCAUAGAAUAAUUUAUUUCAUAAUACAAUGUAGCAGUGGCACCAAAGUAAACAAAGAGUCAUUAUCUGCCUAGGAAGUAUAAGGA